CUCUUUAGUCUUUUGGUAAGACCGUAAGACGGUAAGAAUUGAAAAUUUGGAAUUUUUGGAGCAGAUUGUAAUGCGCAUGUGCUUUUGUGGUUUAUAAAUUUGUUAGUACUUAGAUAUUUCCGAUUGAGUCUUGUUACUCUUGUAUCCCUUUCUGAUUCUUCAUGCUGACGCGGUCCACUGUUGCAUUUCCUGGAUUUCCACAGUCUUCGUGAAAAUCAUGCAGCGCGCAGUGUCUUCGGUGGUGCGCAACUGUGUUCGCCAUCUGACAUCAUCCACUGUGUUGACGGGAUCUCGUCCCACGCCGAAAUCCCUCUCCGGUUUCGGGAAGAAAAAAUCCAACCGCAAAUCUUACGACGAUGAGGAGGCGCAGGACGAACUCUUCCAUCCUCCGAAGCCCAAAACCGUCCCACCGAGUGAUCUGCCUCCCAGUAUGCGGAAGAAAUACCGCAUCUUCACGGAUCAGUCCGAGGAGAUCAUCGAUUCCAACCAAGCCCUGUGGGUGGAGAUUGAGGCUCCAGAAGAGCCGGAGGUUGACCAGUUUGUGGGUCUCAAUAUGGAACGUGGUGUUACCGGUGUCCUUGAUAUCGAAGAUCUUAUCCACGUGCUCAGACUGGAAAAUGCCCAGAAUAUCUGUACGAUAAAAAUUCCUCCGGAAAUCAUGUAUGCGGACUAUCUUGUCGUGUGCACGGGAACUUCCAAGCGUCAGUUGCUUGCGAUGGCGGAAUUCGUGAGGAAAUAUUACAAGGCAAAAAAACUGCCGGAGGAUCCCUUUUUAGAAAACUCCUUGGGCAUCAAAGACUGGAACACCAGUUGGAUCGCUCUCGAUCUGGGCAAUAUCGUUGUUCAUUUCAUGGAUGCCAAAACGCGAGAGUUUUACGACCUGGAAGCAUUAUGGGCCUUAGGCCCUGAGCACGACCCCAAAUGCGCUGGGGACGCCGAUCCGAUGCUGGAACUUCUCCGGCAGAGCUCAUCCGAAGCCGGCGAUUUAUUUGGCACGCAGAGGAAGACCAGAGAUGGUGCUAAGACUACGUGAGCGGGUUGUGGCUUUCUGUGAAAGGGACAGUUGAUGAAAAAAGGUGAACGAAAGUACAAUGUAUGAUUGUGCGUUUGCAUGUGGAUGGCGAAUACAGAUAGUUUGUUACUUAGCUCGGCAUUAUCUUUGCGGUUGACGUUUAAUGAUAUACAUAGGUGCGCUUUGUAUAACUAUGGUCGCCUUUUUGCUUUCGACUUGUUCGCAAAAGGGCAAAAGCAAUCGAAUAAAGAAUG